AUGUACCCGAGCAACGAUUUUAACGAAUCAAUUGGAAAAGAAUCGCAAUCAGGUGAUAAUCGUCAAAUAGCUCUCGGGGUUGUGUUUGUGUUGCUGAUGUUAUGUGGACUUUUAUUAAACUCGGCUGUGUUGUUCACUUUUAAGUCGACCCCUAGACUUCGGACGCACCUGAAUGUUUUUAUUAUGGUAUCAACAUCUUCAAAAUACUUAAUACUUAAAACAAAACGUUUAAUCAAUUUGUGUUGUGUUUUAGUCGGAUUUUUUGCUAGUUGGCUGCCGUACGCCAUCUUGUCUUUGUGGUCAAUGGUCAACAACGUUACCAACUUGCCUCCCACAGUCGCCCUGAUACCAGCCAUGUUCGUCAAGUCGUCUUGU